UUCAAAGUCGUUGUUAAUUUUGCAAUUGAAAUGCUACAAUCACCGGCGCCCACACUGCAUCAGCCGUUGCACUCAAAGGUUUCCAAUUACUUAAAUAAUCAGCGUCGAUGCGGCGAAUUUUGCGAUCUUAUGCUGGAAUUAGAGAAUACAGACGAUAUUGUAAAACUACACUUUUGUGUAGUGGCGGCACAGAGUCAGCUCAUUGGCGUCACAUAUUUUCAACAGAGUCAAAACAAAUUCUCAAUACACAACCCGCUUAAAGUGACAAUUCAAAAUUUUAAAUGCAGCCAUUGCUUUCACACAAUUGUGGACUUUUUCUAUGAAGACAUCGUUACCAUAUCCAAGGAGCACGAGCCGCACUUUCGCGAGUUGGCCAAAAUACUAGCUGUCACAGAGUUGUUAAACUUAUACCAAAUAGGCUCGGAAGUAGAACCUGCCAAGGAUGAGCCCGGAACUGCAGAGCCUAAGGCAAACCAGCGGGAAGAGAAUUUACAGUCCUCACAGAAGCCCCCACCGGAAGUCGUAUUCGAAAGCCAGCAGAGCUAUUUUAAGCUAGAGAAUCCGCGCGCUGUUAAAUCAAGCAGCAAAAUAAAUUACUGUAUUGGUUGCGAUUUCAAGUGCUAUCAGGUCCAAAAGAUGAUUACCCACAUGACCAGUUGUGAGCCGUCGCAUCUCACCUGUUCGCUGUGCGAAGUGGGCUUCCUAGACUGGCGGGAAUAUGAUACACAUUUGCGUCGACAUUCCGGUGACUUACGGAAGCCUUUCUUCUGCCUCGAGUGCGACAAUCGCUUCACUACCCGUGCGGCUCUGCUGGUCCAUCAGCCCAAACAUUCCACGGAAACGCCGCAUGUGUGCACACACUGCGGCAAAGGCUUUAAGUGGAAGCAGGGACUGAAUAACCAUAUGCUAGUCCACAAUCCGCAGAAGCAGAUGCUCUGCGAUGUUUGCGGUUACAGUACCACUCAUAUGAAGGCGCUCAAGUCCCACAAGCUACUGCACACGGGCGAGUUUUUUGCUUGUCCUGUGGUCGGAUGCAAGCACCGUGCUAACCGAAAGGAGAACAUGAAGCUUCACAUAGAAACGCAUAAACAGGAACGUGGGUUCAUCUGUGAAAUAUGCGGGUGUAAAUUUAGCCAAAGCAAAAAUCUGAAACGGCAUGCCCUCAAACACACGGAGAGUGGAAUAUGUCGGUACAAAUGCCAGCUGUGUGGUUUCCAGAGCCAUCGUUCUGACAAAAUUAAGGAGCACGUUCAACGCGUCCACACCGAGAAGGCUGUCCAGCUGGAGUUGUCGGAGACAGUGGACAGUUCGUUCGAAAACAAAAUGCCCGAUGAUUUUGCUUUCUCACUAAUCGACACUUUACCAAAAAUGUCAUCCGAUGUUGAAGUGGGAACGGCGCGUAAAAAUCGGAAACCCGCAACCAAACCUGAGAAAUGUCUAAAGACGUUGUUACCCAAGCCAACGUCCAAGUAGAAGCUACUUGACUGUUCGAGAAACCCCGGCGUGGCGCGUAACAAUUCUAGAUUGUGACUUAUUGGGCCAGCUGAUAAGCAAACAAAACAAAAUUCUUGUACAUACAUACAUACAUCAUACAAUACAAAAUAUACGUUAUUGC